GCUCUGAUUUAAAUAGAGUUCGAUAUAUCUAUAUACCUCUUACUUGUUCAUAUCGUUUGUUCAAUUAUCAUAUAGAUCUAAUAUAUACCACACACCAACACCAACGAUGUCAAGUGUAUCAAAUAAGGAUAUUGCCUUAUCCAUUGUUCAAUUCUUAAAACAAGCCGUGGCUGAUAAACAAGUUGCAGAAGAUUAUGCUGAAUCAUUAGAUGUUGCCAUUGAUUGUAUUGCUGAUGCUUUUGAAGUCAAUCAAGAUGAUGAAUCUAAAGUAUUAGGUGGUAAAUCAUUAUCUCAAUUAAUCGAAGCUGGUUUAGCAUCUAAAUCAAGUGCUUCUGCUACUGCCACUGCUUCUGCUUCUACCACUACUGCUGCUUCUACUGAAGUUGAUGCUGAAACAAAGGCAAAAGCUGAUACUUUAAAAGUUGAAGGUAAUAGAGCCAUGGCUACUAAAGAUUUCCCUACUGCUAUUGCUAAAUAUACUGCUGCUAUUGAAUUAGAUGGAUCUAAUGUCGUCUAUUUAUCAAAUAGAGCUGCUGCUUAUAGUUCAUCCCAACAACAUGAAAAAGCAGUUGUUGAUGCUGAAAAAGCCAUUGAAUUAAAUCCAAGUUUCUCUAAAGCUUAUUCAAGGUUAGGAUUAGCGAAAUAUGCUUUAGGUGAUCCAAAAUCUGCUAUGGAUGCUUAUAAAAGAGGUCUUGAUGUCGAAGGUGAUAAUAAAUCUGAUGCUAUGACUAAAGGUUAUGAAACUGCUAAAAGUAGAGUUGAAGAGGAAUUAGAAAAAUCCAUAAGUAAAUCCGAACCAGAAACUCCAAGUGAAUCAUCAUCAACUGGUUCAAGUACUGGUGCAGGUGCCGGUGGAUUACCUGAUUUAAGUAGUUUUGCUAAUAUGUUUGGUGGUGCUGGUGGAGCAGGUGGUAUGCCACCAUUAUCUGAAUUAAUGAAUAAUCCAGAUAUUAUGCAAGCUGCCAAUAGAAUGAUGCAAGAUCCUCAAGCCUUAUCUAAUUUAAUGAGUAACCCAGCUGUUCGUCAAAUGGCUCAAAACUUUGGAUUAGGUGGAGGAGCUGGUGGUGCCCCAGAUUUAAGUAAUUUAGCUAAUAUGUUUGGUGGUGGAGCUGGUGGUGCCGGUUCUGGAUCACAUGAAGAAUAAAUUGGUUUGAUCUAGUUUAGAAAAUGGGGUAAGUGUAAUUAAAAAAAAUCAAAAUAAAUAUCAAAACAUAAUACUACUUUAUAUAUACAUAUAUAUACGAAUUUAAUUCUUCUUUUAUAGUUAAUUUAAUGAAGUGCCUUUUAUGAGU